CCGCCUCAUUUUCUCAGUCUUGGAUUCAGAUUUCCUCCUCCUUCUCAUUUACCCUCGGUCUUCAUUUUCGUUUCUCCCAUCUCUCCCUCUCUCUCCCUCUGGGUCUCUGGUUUACUAGAGAAGAUGGCGAAGCAAGGCAGAUCCAGGAAAAGCGAAGCAGUGGGCAAAGGCAAGGUGACGCCUAUCCAAGUUGCAUUCCUGGUGGACAGAUAUCUCUGCGAAAACAAUUUCUCGGAGACUCGUGCUGUGUUCAGGAAUGAAGCUGCUUCACUCAUCUCCAAAUCUCCGGUCAAUGAGGCGCCCAAGAGUUUGCUAGGGUUAGGGAUGAUAUUGAACGACUACAUCAGCUUGAAGGAGCAGAAAGUGAUGUUGGAUCAGGAAAGGGUCUGUUUAGAGCAAGAGAAAAUUAGGGUUCAGAAUCUCUUGAACGGUAUGCAACAAGUGAUGAACGUUUACAAUGGUACCAGCCCAGCAGUUCCAUCUGCUGUCCCCUUGAUCCAGCAGGCCUCUGCAACCAAACAGGUCGCAGUAAUCCCUCAGCCUCCUCAAGCUAGAAUUUGUGCUCUUGGAACAGAUGGUAAUACGAUCAAAUCACCAAACAUGGUGCCUAUUCCCACCACGGCUUCGAACGUGGUUGCUAAUUUGCCAGCCACGAGAAAGAGAGGGGGUUCUGCUACAAAUAGAGUCCUAAAAGCCCCAAAUGCUUCUAAGAAGGCCAAGUUACUCUCUGGAACAACACCAACUACAGCAACAACCAACCGGCCUGGCAAUGCAUCCAUUGCUAAUGAAGUUGUUCAGUGCUCUUCUCUGGUUGCAUCAUCACCCAACAACUGUUUGCCACAAGUAGCCAAUGGAGCGAGCAUCGCCAAGCGCUUGUUCAAUCAGCCUCAUUCAUCUGGCCCCGAAACACCUCCACAAUCAAUAACCUGUAGCGCAACCACCACUCCACAGAAUGUAACUCCAACAGGCUGCACUGUGAUUACAUCGGAGAGGGUCAUGGUUAGUCCAUGUAAGCACAUAUCAUACACGGUGGAGAGAAACCGUUGCAUUACUUCUCCAUUGAAACCUGGGUUCAAGAGGUCUGGAAAGAGGGACUGCGUGAAGGGAAGGCUGGACUUUGGUGGUUCAGAUGAGAUAAUGCCCAGAGUUGAUGAGGAGGCUUCAACGCCGGAGUCUGAUAAGGAUGAGAACGUGUUUGGACUCGAUUUGCCUGAUAUUUUUGGACCAAAUUUCUCCUUCAGCGAUCUGAUGAGCGAUCUUGAUUUUGGAAUGGAGGGGUUUGCCUCCUGCCCGUGCGAACCAACCUCUGGUGCUUCUACAGAUUCUGCUUCUGGGACAUCACAAGAUGGGAACACAGGGGGAGAUCAAGUGUUUUCUGAGUUCUGCUCCUCUGUUACAGAGGUGAUAUCAGGAAAUGAUAUACAAGGUUCUGAUGCUGUGACUGCUGUGCAAUCAGUAACAAAAUCGAUAACAAUCUUGCAAACGGAUCCAAUGGGUUCUCAGAAGCAGCAGGAUUGAAAUGAGACCCCAAAAGCUGACUACGUAACCUUAAUCAUCUCCAAUGAUUUAGACAUGUGAUGAUUGCUUCAUUUGUCUAGCACUAGGCUAAUCAUAUUAUUCUUUUUCUCGACUCAUUUUGUCGUCGUAAGUUUGCAUUUUUGAUGUCGUGUUCCUACUAGGUAUGAAUGGAUCCUCAGAUUUAAGAGGGACAGAUUCAUAGCUUAGCCAGCAGAGUAUCAAUGUAUAUUGAAGGUUUCUGACUUGCCUAUACUCGUUGAUUGCAAUGAGGAUCUGUUUAACCUUAAAAAGUUGCACG